CCGCUCGGCCGGGAGGCCGCGCGCCGCUGCCGGUCCCGUGCUGCGCCGCCCCUCCCCAGCGCUCCCCAUCCUUAAAGCUCGAGCGCGGGCGCCCCGCCUGUUGGAGAGGGCGCUGCGAUCCGGGCGGCGAGCCGCGGGGCGGGCCGGGCCGGCGGAGAGCGUCCGAGGAGUGUCGGCCCCGACCCGGAGGUUGCGGCGCUGUGGGGGAGGGUCCGGCGCCAUAGCUGCCGUCCGCCCGCCGCCCGCCCGGUUCGCCCUCGGCGGCUGCCCGGCCGGGACUCGUGCGUGAGUCGGCGCGCCGCCCGCCGCCCGGGCCGCGACCAUGUUCGACCGGACGCGGCUGCCGUACGUGGCCCUGGAUCUGCUGUGCGUGCUGCUGGCUUCCAUGCCUAUGGCUGUUCUAAAUUUGGGCCAAAUAUACCCAUUUCAGAGAGGCUUUUUCUGUCAGGACAGCAGCAUCCAGUACCCGUUCCAUGACGGAACCAUCACGAGCACUGUCCUCGCCGUGGUGGGGCUUGGUUUACCCGUUUUCUCUAUGGUGGCUGGCGAGGCCGUGUGCGUGUACUGCAACCUCCUGCACUCGGACUCCUUCGUCAGGAACCACUACGUGGCCGCCAUCUACAAGGCCGUGGGCACGUUCCUGUUCGGCGCGGCCGCCAGCCAGUCGCUGACCGACAUCGCCAAGUACUCCAUCGGCCGGCUGCGGCCGCACUUCCUGGACGUCUGCGACCCGGACUGGGCGAAGGUCAACUGCAGCGACGGCUACAUCGAGAACGUCGUGUGCCGGGGGGACGCGCAGAAAGUGAAGGAGGCCAGGUUGUCCUUCUACUCUGGCCACUCCUCCUUCUCCAUGUACAGCCUGCUCUUCGUGGCGCUCUAUCUGCAGGCCCGGAUGAGGGCGGACUGGGCCCGGCUGCUGCGCCCCACGCUGCAGUUCGGCCUCGUCGCCACGUCCCUCUACGUGGGCCUCUCGCGCGUGUCCGACUACAAGCACCACUGGAGCGACGUGCUGACCGGCCUCCUCCAGGGCGCCCUGGUGGCCGUGCUCGUUGUCGUGUACGUGUCCGACUUCUUCAAGGGGAGGAACUCCGCUCUAAAGGACCGGAAGGAGGAGGACUCCCACACCACGCUGCACGAGACGCCCCCCGCGGGGAACCACUACAGGACCACGCACCAGCCGUGAGGCCCGCCGGCCCCCCGAGGGCGCCCCGGCCGCGGGCGGGCCUGUGGGGACCCUGCUGCUGCCGCCCCCGCCGCUCACUGCACCCGUGCGCACGGCCGCCCGACGAGGGGCUCCGCCCGCGCUCAGCUCACGGAGACACCUCCAGCCUUCCACUCGACCACGCCCCACUGUACAUUUUUAUUAAAAAAUGUAACGCUUAUGUACACA